GAAGAAGAAGAAGAAGUAGAAGUCUGCGGGAGCGCAUCAUCCAUCUUCUGGGGAGAGCACGAAAGCACCAGCCAUCUAACGACCGACUAGAAAAGAAGAAAAACAUCCGCCAUCAUGGGAGCCGUUUUGGGAUUGUGCUCCAUGGCGAGCUGGAUCCCGUGCUUGUGCGGCAGCGCCCCCUGCCUGCUGUGUCGAUGCUGCCCCGGUGGAAAUAACUCCACAGUGACUCGCCUCAUCUAUGCCUUCUUCCUGCUGCUGGGAGUGGGCCUCGCCUGCAUUAUGUUGAUGCCCGGCAUGGAGGGUCAGCUCAAGAAGAUUCCAGGUUUCUGUGAAGGAGGGACGGGCUCGUCCAUUCCCGGCGUGGAGGGUCACGUGAACUGCGACGUGCUGGUCGGCUACAAGGCCGUGUACCGCGUUUGCUUCGGCAUGGCCAUGUUCUUCCUGCUCUUCUCUGUGCUCAUGAUCAAAGUCAGAAGCAGCCACGACCCCCGAGCUGCGCUGCACAACGGGUUUUGGUUCUUUAAGUUUGCUGCAGCUGCUGGCAUCACUAUCGGAUCGUUCUUCAUCUCAGAAGGUCCCUUCACAACUGUGUGGUUCUACAUCGGCAUGGCCGGAGCCUUCUGCUUCAUCCUCAUCCAGCUGGUUCUACUCAUCGACUUCGCCCACUCCUGGAAUGAGUCCUGGGUGGAGAAGAUGGAGGAGGGAAACUCUCGCUGCUGGUAUGCAGCUCUGCUGUCGGUCACCGCGGUGAACUACCUGUUGUCUCUGGUGUCUCUGGUCAUGUUCUAUGUCUACUACACCCACUCCGACGGCUGCACCGAGAACAAGGUCUUCAUCAGCAUCAACAUGCUGCUGUGCGUGGCUGCCUCCGUCCUGUCCAUCCUGCCUCCGAUCCAGGAGUCCCAGCCCCGGUCUGGCCUGCUGCAGUCCUCCCUGGUCACCCUGUACACCAUGUACCUGACCUGGUCUGCCAUGACCAAUGAGCCUGACAGGAAAUGCAACCCGAGCCUUCUGGGUAUUAUCGGGCUGAACAGCACCAGUCCUGCAGGUCAGGACCACGUGGUUCAGUGGUGGGAUGCCCAGGGCAUUGUGGGAUUGAUCCUCUUCCUCAUGUGUGUCCUCUACUCCAGUAUUCGUAACUCGUCCAACACCCAGGUGAACAAGCUGACUCUGACCAGCGACGAGUCGGCCCUGAUUGAGGACGGGCCGACGGCCGACGGCUUCGAGGAGGGCAGCGGUGCUGGCCGAGCCGUGGACAACGAGAAGGACGGCGUCACCUACUCCUACUCCUUCUUCCACUUCAUGCUCUUCCUGGCGUCGCUCUACAUCAUGAUGACGCUCACCAACUGGUACAGCCCCGACGCCAACUACCAGGCCAUGACCAGCAAGUGGCCGUCGGUGUGGGUGAAGAUCUCCUCCAGCUGGAUCUGCAUCGCCCUGUACGUGUGGACGCUGGUGGCUCCGCUGGUCCUGGUCAACAGAGACUUUGACUGAAAGCCCCGUCCCACCGCUCACACAAACACAUCCAUGCUCUGCUUCACCUGUGUUUCUUUCAGCAAAAAGUCAGUAAAAAAACAACAAAAAAAAACAGUAGCUAGCUAGCACCCCGCAUCAGUUCCAGCUGCAGCAGAGGAGCGGGGGGGCUGUUUGGUUCGGGGGCUGUGGGCUCGUCCCCUGUAGUCCGGGCUUCUGAUUGUCCCGCCUCAGCUCCGUCUCUGGCUGCAGCCCGGCUCCUCUGCCGCAACGUCAUUGUGAAUCCUCAGCAGCCUGUUGUAGUGGUUCCCCCCCCGCAGUUUGCCAUUGUAAAUACGUCCUGUGUAUUUCUAGCGGAUGGUUUUUCGUUCUCUUUCUCUAAAGACAGAGCUGCAUGCUUCUUUCCUAUCAAACCUAAUGUGACAUGAAGAGUAGCUGUAACUGAAGCUCGUGUGAGGACGGUGAUGGCCAACGACACUGACUGCAGGAUUACAUAUGGAAACGCUGUUACACGUAAAUGAAAGUGCUUCGCUUGUCUGAUGGAUUCAGUUGUGUGUGUGAGCGUACUCCAGCUGUGGCGCUGAGACGCGAGAGCGAGCAGUGCUGUGUAGCGUCGUGUGUGUGUGGUAUUCUAGUCAUCUGCCGUCGUGUGUUGAAGCUCUACCAGCUGCGAGUGUCCUCUGCAGCUUGCACAUUCACAACAAAAGCAUUCCUGUUUUUGUGUGGCUUCUGAUUUGAAUUUUUGACUUUUAAAUGUAAAAUUGAAAACUUCUACAUAAAUUAUUUGGUUGUGUUCAGAGUUAGCAUGUAGUUCCUCACACACGUCGUGUGAUUGUGUGCAUUGGUGUGAUUGUCUCACCUGUGCUUUUAUCCUAAUAUGAUUUCUCUCCUGACAUGUAAAAUUAUAUUGUAACUGGUUUAAUAAAACUGAAGGAAAAGGA